CACCAUCAUGACGGUAUUGACCAACGGACUCGUUUGCUUCACGAACUGCUUCCUGGCUCAAGAGGACGGGAGCCUAGCCAAGAAAGAUCUUUGGAUCGACGAGAUGAAUGGCUUGAUUGUAGAUCCCAAUAAAACAUUCUUUGAGCGAAAGUUGAGGCCUGAUCGUACCAUCGACUUGGAUGGUAACAUCUUGAGCCCUGGUCUUCUAGAUAUCCAGAUCAAUGGAGCUUACGGGUUUGAUUUCUCCGUCUACGAGAACGACGAUAAUGCCUACCGUCAAGGACUCAAGACGGUCGCAGAGAAAAUAGUUGAAACUGGGGUGACUUCUUUGUUGCCAACGAUCAUUACCCAAGAAAAGGCAUUAUACCCGAAGUUGCUUGGUUUGUUACGCCCCUUUUCAGCCCCCGGUUCAGCGACCUUGCUGGGAUGGCAUGCUGAAGGCCCCUUCUUGGAAUUUACCAAACGGGGUGCCCAUGCGCCCCCGUUCCUUCGGUUCGCACCGGAUGGGUUCAAAUCGUUCGAAGACGUUUAUGGGCCAGAGAACCUGAUUGAAAAGGAGGAUUGGGUGAUGAAUGAAGGCCAGGACAUCGGUAUCCGGAUGAUUACCGCUGCUCCAGAAGUGCCUGGAGUUUUGGAUGCGAUUCCUACUCUCAGGAAUCGAGGGAUCGUGUUUUCGAUUGGUCAUAGUAAUGCGCGAACGGAAGUGGCCAUGGCUGCUGUCCGCAAGGGUGCCAACCUCAUUACGCACCUUUUCAAUGCUAUGCCUCAAUUCCACCAUCGGGAUCCAUCUAUAAUCGGUCUCUUAGGUGCUUCCCCUCACUGUGAUGCGUCUGGGCCGACAGCGCUGGCCUAUGUAACUUGCGACCCUGCUCAUACUAUCCAAUUGGAACGGGGAGCUACCUCACCGACGUCUUCUAACGGCUUCAAUGGCUCCUUCAAUCAUUCUGCCAGCGCAAGCUCGAAUGCAAGUGGUACUAGUCCGGACAGGGGACCUCACAACGAGUGGACUUCGCAAGGCCAUACUAUGGCAUCAUCGUUGAUGGAAUUCAUUGCCACCCGAACUCCGUCAGGCUCGCUUACUCUGCUCAUCUCGAUGGAUGCAUUCUGGUCACCGAUGCCAUGAAGAUUCUGGACCCCAAUCUAAAGGACGGGGUCCACGAGUGGCGCGACGGAAAGCGAUUUGUCAAGGAAGGAGAGCGUCUAUAUUUGGAGGGAACGGACACAUUAGCUGGAAGUGUCGUCACCCUUGACAAAUGCGUCCGAAACUUUGCUCGAUUCACCGGCUGCUCCUUGGGGGAGGCAAUCAAAUGUGCCACCUACAACCCUGCUAAAUGCCUCGGUAUAGAAAGCAUCAAGGGAACCCUCCGACCAGGAGCGCAUGCAGACCUUGUCGUACUUGAUAAACAGGGACAUUUGCGAAGCACCUGGGUUCGAGGAAAGGAGAUCUGGACCAAAGCGUAAGAAUAGGCGUAGAUGCUUCGGGGAGCACCUCCGUUCCACAGCUGUACGGCCUCGCUUAUCCUGUCCGCCCCACGAAUUCAUCGUCGGGAUUUCCUGUCA